AUGGCUUCCGCUAAACCUCCAUCUGAAAGUCUCCAAGCCAUCCCAACUACAGUUUCAGUUUCACAUCACAGACACCAAAAUGUUGCCAAGGACGGACACGAGGACGUGGGCGCUUGGCUGCAGGCGUUAGGUGCCUUUCUCGUUUACACAGCAACAUGGGGUCUGUUGAGUGCCUAUGGAUCGUACGAUAGUUUCUAUGAAACAACCCUGUUGUCUCCCACGCCCUCGACCACAAUUUCUUGGGUCGGCACGCUACAGGGUGUCAUUCUCAUCUUGGGGGGCGUCGUAACGGGGCCGAUCUUCGAUCGUGGAUAUAUCAGGGAGCUCUUAAUCAUAGGCACAAUAACCACAGUAGUAGGCGUCAUGAUGUUGAGCUUAGCCCGCGAGUACUAUCAGAUCCUCCUGACACAGGGCGUUUGUGUCGGUAUCGGAAGUGCAAUCCUAUAUGUGCCCAGCAUCAGUCUCGUUGCAUCGAGGUUUCAACAACGUCGCCCGCUGGCCAUGUUCAUUGCUACCUCCGGCACCGCAGUUGGUGGGAUAAUCUACCCUAUCAUGUUCUCGAGACUCCAGCCCAAGCUCGGCUUCCCGUGGGCAACUCGAGUUCUCGGCUUCGUGACACUGGGUGAACUAAUUAUAGCGAUGGCAAUUAUAUUACCCAACACCAAGAGCAAGGCUCCACAUAAUGUCCGCUCCCUUCUGGAUCCCACCGCAUUCCGCGACCCAGCGUUUAUGGCCUUUUGCGUAGCUCUAUUCCUCAUGUGGAUCGCCUACUGGGUCCCCCUUUUUCUACUCCCCACCUUUGCCCAGUUCAAAGCCGGCGCAAGCUCAAAUCUAGCGUUCUAUGUCCUAGUCAUCUGUAAUGCAUCAACAAUUCCUGGCCGGUACCUGGCGGUGCCACUGUCAAACCGACUGGGGCCCGCGCUCACCAUGGCCGGCUUCGCGCUGGCCUCCAGUAUCCUCCUCUUCGGCUGGAUUGGUGUUAAAUCAGUGGGUUCCACUAUCGUCUGGGCGGUGCUCAUUGCUUUGUUCAUGGGGCCACUAGCAGUUCUAUAUCCGGUUAUUGUGCCUCAUCUUUCGCCAGAAAAAGACCUCGUCGGGACCAGGAUUGGUAUAUCAUCGGCUGCGGCGGCGCUGGGGACUUUAGUCGGCUUUCCGGUUACAUCUGCCUUGAAUGACACUGAGACGGAGGUAUUCUGGAAGAGCCAGUGUUUGAAUGGUUGUUGCAUGUUUGGUGGGGCUGUUCUGAUGAUAUACGUCUAUUAUAAGAUGCCCAGAACUUGA